AUCUCAGCCUCACAACUUCACCUUCGCAAUUGCGUCAGCUCUGAUCGCAGCUCACAUCCUAAGGGGUAGCUUUGCCUGAAGUAUCGGCGAUCCGCUUGCAGAUAAUCACGAACCUAGCGACACCGACCGAACCCAAUCGCCUGCGACCACACAGCACACAAAAUGCCCGACCCCCUUCCCCGCAUCGCCUGCUUCCACGGCAGCGGCUCGAGCGCCGCUGUUUUCGAAAUUCAAUGUUCUUUUCUCGCAACGCUCCUAGCGAAGCAGUUCACCCUUGAAUAUUUCGACGGCCCGUUCCCGCGCUCUGCAGGGCCCGGGGUCCUCCCCGCCUUUGCAGACUACGGGCCUUUCAAGUCCUGGUUCGAGCCGGAGUCCGAUAACCCAAAAGCGGACGGGAGCGGAUACGAUGCUUCGGGUCGCGACGGUAUUGAACGAGUGUUGGGGCUUAUGGAACAGCGCGCGCGAGAGAAGCAGUUCGGCAAUGACAAAUGGGUCGGAGUUCUGGGGUUUUCGCAAGGGACCAGGAUUGCGAGCGGGUUGUUGUUGGAUCAGCAAAGGUGGGAGAGAGCUGAGAAUGAGGGGAAAGGAAAAAGGACUGUGGGCGAAGGAAUCAGGUUGAAAUUCGGUGUUAUGUGUAAUGGAGGUGGAAGGCCGAUGGAGAGUGAGGUUGGGUAUAAACUGGAUGAGCCGGACAUGAUUGUACGAAUACCGACGUUGCACGUACACGGGCUCAAAGAUGAAUUCCUGGCGUUUGGACGCGAGCAGUUUGAGAAGUACUUUGAUAAAGACACGGCCACAUUAUACGAGAUCAACUACCACCAUGCGAUGCCCUGGGUGAAGGCCCAGUCAGAAGAACUGGCGAGACGGGUUACAGAGCUGUACAACAAGACAAGACACUUCCUGCGGGAAUCGUACAACGCUGUCUAUCACAACUGGAACAGGUACAGCCUCUUCACCAUUUCCCAAGCAACUCGGGAUAUUAAGGGCCAUCCUCAGAUCCUCUAG